CUUUGUGAAGUUUUAGUUGUGCCCAAAGAGUUUUAUACUGUAGAAAGUUCAGUAACAACAGCUCUGGAUGAAAAUGUGUCCUGGGAACCUUUUACGCAAAGAUUUUACGCACCGUUCCCCGGAACAGUGCGCGCCUGUGUUUUGUUAUAAGUGGAUAAUAAGUGAGUCUUUCGGCUUGGUUUGCCACAGUAUUCAAACUUGGUGAUCCGGAGCAGCAGUAAGCUCCUUCCCCGUAGCUCCUGACGUGGUUCCCUGCUGCUCCCUCCCCUUUCCCGGCUCCACCUCUGUCGGGACUUCUCGGUCGAUCGUCCCUAAACUUUCAAGGCUUCCUGAAGCUUCGCUGUUCUAUGUGGCGAAAGCAUCGACAGCGGGAACCGAUGGCGGAGGCGAGCGAGCUGUGAAAUGUGAACGAUGGUGCUGAUGACCGAGCAGACGGACAGACCUCUGACCCCGUUAUCCGCACCGGAGCAACUUUCCUGCAGGGACUCCCGCGGGAGCCGCUCGACGCCUGAAGUGGACCAUGGAGGUGAGAGGAGACAGAGGAGGCGUGGACGCUCACCUGCAGACCUCCGGCUCUGUCUGGAUGCAGAGUCAGACCCCUCAGAGAGCAGAAAGAAACCAGCCACCAGCAUGAGACUGAAACCUGUGGAACAGCUUUCACCAGUGCUCAAUCUAAGUGACUUUGAAACAAAGAUUGAAAGGAAGAAAUCACAGCCUGCCCAGUUAUCGAAGACGAACGCUCAGUAUCAUAAGUUAUUCAAGGAAGUCAGCAAAGAUGAAUUACUCAAACAAAGUUACACCUGUGCCCUGCAGAGGGAUAUUUUAUACCAGGGCAAAAUGUUUGUCUCUGAUAACUGGAUCUGCUUCCACUCCAAAGUCUUUGGCAGAGAUACAAAGAUUUCAAUCCCAGUGUUGUCAGUCACAUUCAUCAAAAAAACUAAAACUGCAUUGUUAGUGCCAAAUGCCCUUGUGAUUGAAAGUACUCAUGACCAGCAUGUGUUUGUGUCGUUCCUCUCUCGAAACACCACCUACAAACUUCUGAGAUCCAUCUGCCUUCAUUUGGAGGUGGAUAAGACUUGUAGCAGCCCCGUUACUUCCUCCUGUGAAAACAGCUUCAGAGUCAACUGCCCGUCCUCACUUCCUCUGGACUUUUCUGGAGACUUCUCUGACCUGGAUGGAGUGGUGCAGCAGAGACGGCAGGACAUGAUGGAGAGCAGCAGCUCUGGCUCUCAGACUCCAGAUAUGACCAAAAUAACUGACUUCACCGGCCUACCAAACACAAUUCUGAGUGCAGUGAAGAGUGGAGAGGUUUCAGUCCACGCAACAAUUCACCUUCAGACUCCGAGCCAAAAACACGGAGCUGCUCUCAAGAACGGCUCAACCCAGCCAACCCGAGGAGUCACGCUGAGGCAAUCCUCACAGCCCGUGUCCUUACAUGUCAUCCUCCUCAUCUACCUGUUUCUAGUUAGUGUUCUUGUCUUGUCCUCCUGCUACAUGGCAUUCAAAAUUGUGGCUCUUGAGCAUCGCUUGAACUCCUUGGUUUCGAUGGGGGAACACAUUCGUAAUGAAAAUAUUGGGAGCCAAAGGACACAGGAUGAAGUUAAUGCUGAGAUAUAUGGGGAGCUAUCUACCACACUGUUCAAGCUAAGAGAAGGUUUGUCUGUUACUAUACAUUACUCAGCUAACAUGGUCACUAAAAUACCUCUUAAAAUGUAAAAUGUUCUAAGAGGA